AUGGAUGUUCUCGGUCAACCACCUUCCAUGAAUGUCAAGGCCAACCUGGUGGGAGAGAUGAAUGAGGAGCCUAUGGAGCUUGCCAAUUUUUUCAUCCGACUUCCACUGCUUGUUACCAGCUUCUUGAAGCCACUGCAGCCAACCUUUCGUUUCAAGCAGGAAUGGGACUCGCCUGAUUUGGAGGCUGCUGCAGAUGUGCAUUCAACUGCAGAUUGGAUGAGGUCCAAGGAUUCUCUUGCUGCCUUGACACUGGAUGGGACGAUGUCGACGCAAAGCAGGUACACAGAGCUGAUCAGGCUCUGUAUCCAGCACAAGUGA